AUGGAGCUAGCAGAAAAGUUUUUCCCACAAGCUCUACGAGACUAUAAGAAUGCAGAAUUCUUAAGACUGGUACAGGGAGAUAUGAAAAUUUUUGAGUAUGAGAGCAAGUUCGAGAAAUUAUCUCGAUAUGCCCCACAUCUUGUAAGUAUUGAGCUCAUGAAAGCAAAAUGUUACGAGAGGGGCCUGUGCCCAGAGAUCAAGCAGAUUGGGCAACGUAAUGACUUUGGAAAAAAAAAAGGGUGGCAAAAUAAGAAUAAGAAUUCUGGACAAUUUAAGAAGCAGACACUUGUGGGCCAGUCAAGUAAUCCUCCAUCCCAAUGUUCUAAGUGUAACAAGCUUUACAAAGGGAAAUGUCUGUAUGGAAGGUAUGCUUGCUAUAAGUGUGGCCAACCUGGCCAUGUGGUUUCAUCAUGUCCAUCGAUUAAGAAACUCGAACAAGAGAAGAAAGGAAAAGUAAGGGUGUUUGCUUUGACUCAUGACGAGGCUGCCCAAAAUUCGGACAUAAUCGCAGGUAUUUUAUUCGUCUCUGGUACUCCAGUUUACGUCCUUAUUGAUUCCGGUGCAACACAUUCGUUCAUAUCUAAUGCAUGUCUAGCUAGGAUUAAUGCUUCAUGUAAGAAGAAUGAUAGUGUACUAGAGGUUAGUAUGCCAUCAGGGUUAAAUAUUGAUACAGAUAAGAUAGCAAUGGGAGUACAGAUAAAUUUUGAUGGAUUGACUUUAGUGGUCGACUUAUUGGAAGAAGAGGAAUUCAGAUUUUAUGGAUCGAAGGUUAAGACACUUCCUCGUGUCAUCUCAGCUUUGAGGGCAAAAAGCAUGUUGAGGAAGCCUGAUUGCCAGGAGUAUCUUGAGUAUGCCAAUGUGUUUCCAGAUAAUCUACCGGGUGUUCUGCCCAAUAGACAAGUGAAAUUCACGAUAGAUCUAGUACCUGAAGCUACUCCUGUGUUCAAAGCUCCAUAUCAAAUGGCACCAAAGGAAUUAUAA